GAAGAAGAUGAACAGGUAUAUUGAUCAUCAGUGUGUGAAAUGAUAGGGCGGUGGAAGAAUAUAGUCAGCAUUAAUGAAAUAAGAGGAAAGGAUUAGAAAUAGGGGUAGGUUAGUAAAUUCAUAAAUUAGAGUUAAUAAAGUCAACCUUAGUGAGUGGUUAAUCAAUUCUAAGAGAGAUUUGGCCACUAAAUAGAGUUUAAUGAAAGUUUGGGUUCACUAGAGAUUAUGUGUUAUUUUUUUUUUUUUUUUUGACACCAUAUAGAAUUUGUAAAAGUUGGAGGCCACCACGUAGAAUUUCCCAAAAAUAUAUAUACAACACCUCAUCCUCAAACUUCUCCUCUCCCAAAAACAAAAAAAAAAAAAACCCAUAAAUUUUUUGACUUAUACCAACAAAAAUAAAAUCAACAAAUUAUUUUUUACCACUAAAAUUUUUAAAAGUUUUGUUUUGGCGGUAAAAGAAAAAAAAUCCAAAAAUCAUCGUACUUGGAAACUGAAAACAGCUUCUUUGAAAGACCGCCAAUUAUACCAAAACCCCAAAGAGAAACCCAAAAAAUAACCAGCAAAAAUUGAAAAAAUGGAGUUGAAAUGCAACGAUGUGAAGAUCUGGAAAGAGGCUCUAACUUCCUACCAAUCUCGCAUUCUCUCUCUUAGUCUCAACAAACCAAAGCUUGUUUCCCUUGAUGAUUUCUACCGUACUCAACUUCCUUCACUCAUUCAUUCCCGCCUCCCUACUCCCUACCUCACCCAAUCCGAGCUCCACUCCCUCAUGCAAUGGAAGCUCACCCGCGGCAAAUUCAGACCAAGGUUACUGGGUUUUGUGGCGGCUCUUGAUGAAGAACUUGUGAAAUCUGCGUCUCAAAAAGCGUUUCUUUCUCUGCCGGAUGAUUUAUCUAAAGCGGUUUCGGAACUUACAGUUCUUAAAGGUAUCGGGCCAGCCACUGCCUCUGCUAUCCUCGCCGCCUAUGCCCCUGACCUUGCUCCAUUUAUGUCCGAUGAGGCUAUGGAAGCCGUGUUGAGUCAAUCAAAAGAUUACUCGUUGAAACAAUAUCUUCUGCUUGCCAACAAGUUAAGAGAGAAGGCAAAGGAAUUAAGUUCAGAAGAUGAGCAAUUCACAGCAUCCGAUGUGGAAAGGGCUCUCUGGAGCUCUGCUGUUGGAGCUAAACUGACUGCUUCCUCUGCAAAGGCGCAACAAGAUACUUCAACGAAAUCUUCUGGGAUAAAAAGAAAAAAUUCUGCUUAACUCUUGCUGUUAGAAUGAUGUCAAGGAUUUGUGCCAAUACUCGAUUCACAGGUCACACUAGAAAAUUAGCCUUCGUUUUGGUAGCUGAAACUGUUACUUUUAAAUUCUGAUAAAUUAGCUGCUGCGGUUGUGGUUUUAGGAUGUUUAAGACGUACUUUCUGCUAAGUUUGCUAACAAACUUGACAGUGGUUAGAAAUAGCUAUCAACAGCGUUUAUGUACUUGAUGUAUGUAACAAACUUGUUUAAUCUUCU